AUGGCAGAAGUCGAAAGCAUUCCUACUAGGCCAGAACCACCCUCCUUGUUUGAAGGCAAUACUGCAGCAGACACAACACAAGAAACACAAGCCAAAAAGGCCAGGGCGUCUGACUUGAUUGAUAUGGCAGAAGUCGAAAGCAUUCCUACUAGGCCUGAACCACCCUCCUUGUUUGAAGGCAAUACUGCAGCAGACACAACACAAGAAACACAAGCCAAAAAGGCCAGGGCGUCUGACUUGAUUGAUAUGGCAGAAGUCGAAAGCAUUCCUACUAGGCCAGAACCACCCUCCUUGUCUGAAGGCAAUACUGCAGAAGAAGAAACGCAAGCUUGUCAAGUUGGUUCACACAUAGAGGUGACACAUGGGAAAGAAAUUUUGAAAGCUGUUAUUGUUCGUCUGUCUGCAAACCCAAUGGGUUAUUGGGUUCGUUUUUUUCGAAAAGCUUCAAAGGGGGUUUAUGGACUUGAAGAGAAAGAAUUCUUCAUUGUGAAUGAAGACAUUUCUGAUAGAAUUCGUGACCCUACUCUAGAGGCCUUAGGGUCACGACUGUUUUAUAAGUUUUAA